GCCCUGCCACCUGCUCUGUGCUCUAUAUUAUAGUUGAACAGGAAUAUGAGUGAUACGCGCGAUCAGAUAUUGGAGCAAAUCAAAGUGCAAGGCGAUCUCGUCCGACAACUGAAAGCUGCCAAGGAGUCCAAAGAGAAGGAUCUGAUAUUCGACCAGGAGUGGAGAGGCGUCUGAAGACCUGGCCAAGAUGCCGGAGACGCUGCCCGCGACAGCCACGGUGACGGCGUCGAGCAUCGAUUGCACCGUCGCGGUGCUGAAGGUGCCCACGCCCACCCUCCAGCUGCCGCAGGUGUGCAACCUCCAGAGCCUCGGGCUCAUCAUGGAGCCCAACAACAUUAACAUUGAGCUCAAUCCCGCCGCCAUGUCGGGCUUCAAGAUGAUGACUAUGGACAUUACCAAAACCGAACCCGGUCUAGUCGGGCUUAACUCCAAUCAGCAGCAGCAGCAGCAGCAGCAACAACAGCAGGCGCAGCAGCAGCAGAACGCCGGCAUGAAUCCUGGUGGCCAGAACAAUGGACCCAAUCCCAAUAACAGUAAUGGGAACAACAACAACAAUAAUGGCCACGGCGGAGUGGUUAAUGUUGUAAAUUCCGGCGGAGGUGGUGUUGUUGGUGGAGUUGGAAGUGGUGGCGGCGGCGGCGGUGGAGGCGGUAAUGGCAAUGGUGGCAACAUUCAGAGCAUCGCCGCUGCUGCCAACAACAAUAAUAAUAACAACAACAACGGCAGCCAACUAUGCGCCGGUUGUGGCAAGCACAUCCAAGAUCGCUACCUGCUGAGAGCUCUCGAUAUGCUGUGGCACGAGGACUGCCUCAAGUGCGGCUGCUGUGACUGCCGGCUGGGCGAGGUCGGCUCCACUCUCUAUACGAAGGGCAACCUGAUGCUCUGCAAGAGGGAUUAUUUGAGAUUGUUUGGCAACACUGGCUAUUGUGCCGCUUGCAGCAAGGUGAUUCCGGCCUUCGAGAUGGUCAUGAGGGCCAGAACAAAUGUCUAUCACCUGGAAUGCUUCGCCUGCCAGCAAUGUAAUCACAGAUUCUGUGUGGGCGAUCGGUUCUAUCUCUGCGAGAACAAGAUCCUGUGCGAGUACGACUACGAGGAGCGUCUGGUCUUCGCCUCAAUGGCCAACCACCCGAUGCUGAAGCGCCAUGUCUCCUCCCUGGGGCAGGGCUCGCCCACCGGAGCAGCCGGCGGCCAGAAUGCGCCCGGCGGUCUCCUCGGCGGCGGACCUGGAUCGAAUGUCAAUGGAGUGGGUGUUGGCGUCGGUGGCAUGGUGAACGGACCGCGUACACCCGGUGAUCACAACAACAACAACAAUGGACCGCAGACACCGACCGGAGGCGGAUCACCGUUCGCCGCAGCAGCAGCCGCUGCCGCCGCCGCCGCUCACAUGAAGAAUCAGCUGGGAGCGUCCAGCUAAAAUAAAGCCCUGGGCAUGGGUGCUGCCGGAGCUGGACAAGGAUCGGUGAUGGGCGUUGGUGUGGGAGUGGGAGUGGGACAGCAACCGUUCUACGGCGGUUUUGGGAUGCAACAACAACAGCAGCAACAGCAACAGCAACAACAUCACCAGCAACACCAACAGCAACAGCAGCAGCUCAUGGGCUUGGGCUUGGGCGGUGGCGGAGCGGGAGUAGGAGGUGGACUAGGUGGACAUGUCGUUGGAGGUGGAUCCGCUGGUGGAUCCGGUGGAGGAGCAGGAGGAGGAGGAGGCGUUGGCAGCAUUAGCAGUGGCUGCAAGCGCUACCAAAGAAAGUUCUACAACCGCAAUUGAAAAUGAAACAAACAAAAAAUCGAUAGAAAUCGAUAGAAAAAAAUCACGAUUAACGGAAAGGAAAGGAAAGAAUCCGGUCGAUCGAUAAAUGCGGUAUCGAAAUUCAACUCUUCGUUUGCUUUGACUGAGUUCAAGUUUUAUAGUUUUAAAGUUUUAUAGUUUUAUAGUUUUUUAGUUUUUUAGGUUUAUAGUUAAAGGAGAAAAUCGGAAAAAUCGAAAAUCGGAAAAAGAAAAGAGAGAAGAUCUAGUUUUUAGUUAUUAGAAGUACACGAACUGCUUGCUGAAGUUGAAGGAAGAAACCUACUGUCUAGAACGAUAUAACAUUUAAGCGACAAUAUUUUUUUACUUAGUUGUAUUUUUAAAAACAUUUUUUUUCUUCCUAAAAACCAUCCUUCCACCCACCCCCUGAUAUAUGCUUUUAAGGUUUUUUUUUUUUAUCUUUUAUGAUUUUUGUGUUCUCCCAGGACCUGUAAAUAUUUUUCCCUGUAAGCUGUUGACUUUUUUAGAGCAAAAUCAAUAAGAAAUUUUUUUUCUCGUCAUACUCCAUAUAGAUUAUAUUUAUAAUCGAUUAUAUAUUUAUCGUAUAUAUGUAUAAAUAAUUUUAUUUUCACGCUCGAAGCGUGCGGUGCCAAAAUAAAUUCAAAGCAGUGCCAAAAAGUUAAAAAAAAAAAAAACGAAAAGAAAUAAAUAAAAAAAAGCAUGAGAUAGAAAACGAAAGAGAGAGAGAGAGAUGUCUAUCGGUUAUCGAGAUCCCACCGAUCAUUUUUCGAUUACAAGGCCAGGAUCUAUGAUGGCCGGAGAAGGGAGAGAGAGAAAGCUAGCGGGCGAUUGGCAAAGUGAACUUGAAAUAUUGAAAUAAAUAUAUUAAUAUGUAUAUUUAUUAAUAUAUUUAUAUGUAAAUAUUGAAUAACAUUCUGCACACGACUUAAGCGCAUCUAAUUUUUGUUCUGAUUCCAUUUUAAGUCUGUUGGAGCAACCGUUGUUGAUUAUUAUUUAAGUUUAGUUUAGUGCGAGGCUAACCGGCGGAUAGCGAAUAUUCUUUCCACGGCGGACGUUGUAUAGAGAAAAACAAAAACACUGAAAAAAAAAGCUGAAACUAUAAAUUUAGAGAUCCAACUUGUAGUCCCCCUCCCCCUAUAAGAAAUAUCCCAAUUUCUAGAUCCUCCGUUUGUGAGAACUAUUAUAUGUAAAGUGGAUAUGUAAAGCUAAGGACUUUUGUGUGUGUAUCUAAAAAAAAAAACAAAAAAAAAGGAGAAAAAAACAAUGUAUAACCAAGAAAAACUAGUUACAAUAUGUGUAUACGUGGGUGUACGUUCUAAAUAUAUAUUUUUUUUGUAUCUGCAAUCUAAAGUUAAAGUAUAAAGUUAAAAAAAAAAGCGUAAUCAAUAUGCGUAAUUAGGAGAAACCAAAGUGUGUGUAUAAGCAUCAGUCUCUAAUCUAUACGAUAAACGAUAAACGAUAAUUGAUAAACGAUAAAUGAUAAUUGAUAAACAAUACUACCUAUCUAUGGAUUACCGAAUAUGUUAAAUAUCGUAAUAAUAUAUUAUAUAUAUAUAUGAUAAUCUCAGAUCUAAGUAAGAACGAUUACCCAUUCGUUUUUUUUUUUUUUUGUAUCGUAUUGUUAUAUGGAUAAAGUUAAAUCAAAAAACUAUCUUAAAAGUGUAAGAUAAACCCGCUUAGACUUAUACAUUAUACAUGGAUCUAAA